AAUUAUUAUUUACACAACCACUUUCAAAAAUAUGUUCAACCUUUUCCUCGAAAGAUAACGUAAAAUGAUGUAAACUGAAACUUUGUAAGCCAUUCGAAAACUGAAUGUAUAGUUUACUGUAAAACUAAAAGUUAGUUUCAGUCAGUGGGCUACCUCUGGACAGAGUGCCGAACUACAUUUCCCAUCAACGCUCUCUUGUAACCAACGCAAGGGUGAAAAUGUUUGGGAAAGAAUCUGUGGAAUUUCUUUCCUGUGAAAUUUGGCCAGACAGUCGCAGAGAGCGAGCGAACGAGAGCGAAAGAGCUCACAAGCUGUAGUGUGGUGAUGGAGGCGCUUGGAAACGUUCUGUUAUGAUGGAGUUCGGAGUGUUCAGUGGAAUUGAAGCGUUGAGGAGAACGUUUUUCACGAAGUCUUAAGCUAGGGAUCAUUUUCUGCCACUCCCCAGAACAAAAACACGCACAUUUCGGGGGGGAAUUCAGUUAUGGCUGAACCCCUUCUAAAGCGGACUUUCUCGAGGUUGCGGGGUAAAGAGAAAUUCCGUCGGAAAACGGACCCCAAGCUCGCUGAUGUCCAAGGGAAGACGGAUCUGGCCCAGAGUUCUUUGUCAUCGUCAGUGUUGACCUUUGCCAGUGCCGAAGUAGACAGCUCACUCGCAGAAGACUUUAACAGACGGACUCAGAUCACUGUGGCCAAAAAACAGAACUGGGCAAAACAGGCGUCUGCCUCCAGGGACAAGCCCACAGUCGAGGCCACUCAAAGCCUGGUGCAGAGAGCUCAGGAAUGGGAGAACUCCUCAGGAAAGGCCCAGGCCUCAAAGCCGGCCUGCAGCCAAAGAACUUUGCGCGAGGAUGGCGCGGAGGGCAGAAGUCCCAGUUUUGAGUGGGAGGCUGGGCCCUCAACCCCCCUGUGGGACUCAAUUGACUUGGCUCUGUCUGAGCUGGCUACUCCCUCAGGAGCAGGGUACGUGGAGGUUAGCACCUCCUCCAGCUCAGUCCAACGGGCCGGCCACGGGGCCUACCUCCAGAAUCUGGACAGGAGCAGCCGAGCCUGGGUGCUGUCCACAGGAAAGACCCAGGCUUCGGAGGAGGCCUCACGCCUGCUCCCCAGCGGCCUCGCUGAUAGGAAGCAGGGUGCAGAGGGGGAGAACAACAUUUGGUACAAUCCCAUCCCCGAGGAGGAGGACUCCCGGGUGGAGGACAACAGGGGCGAGUACGGCGACCCCUGGAGAAGGAGAGGGGAGAGAGGGAACGAGAGUCACAACAGGCCCCUGAAACCAGGAGGGCCGGGGAGCAGCACUGGCAGCAGCAGAGGGGCCCAGUGUGGAGGGGGCAGCAUCAACACCAGAGACGUGUCUGCUGAGAUCGCCUGCAGCAGCAGCAGCAGCAGCAGAAAGGAGAGCCCAGAUAUCUCGCAGAGGGUCCAGCAGUCUGAUGUUCAGGCCGUGGCUGGAGCUUCAGGAAGCAGCGGCGGUGGCGGUGGCGGCAGCACCAGUGCUGGUGGAGGUCCAGCCCCCUCAUCUGACAACCCUGCUCCCGCCUCCAAGAAGUCCGGCGCCUCGGGCGGGGCGGGGACCAGCGUGAUGGACAGGAUCAAGUCUCCGGGGACGGUGCGCCGCCUGUCCAUGAAGAUGCGCAAGCUGCCCGAGCUGCGCCGCAAGCUCAGCCUGCGCUCCUCGCGCUCGCGCCACGGCAACAGCCAGGGCGGCGCCUCGGGGGGAGGCGCGGACGAGGCCUCCCCGCCCAACGCCCGCAAGGAGUCGUCCAACAAUGUGAUCAGCCGCUACCACCUGGACAGCAGCGCACCCCCUGCUCGCCCCCGUCGCCGCGCCUCCCGGGCACGCUCCGCCGACAAGGGCGGCUACCUCAGCGACGGCGACUCCCCCGAGCUCCUGCCCAAGAAGGGGGGCCCCUCCGCUCCCUCUGAGUCUCAGGGCCCGGCCUCGCACCCUCUCCCCUCACACCAGCUCGGGCAGGAGAUACCGGCCUCCGGCUCGGUGGUGCCCUUGGCCGACACCGGCUCCUUCCGCCUGUACAGCCUGGCAGAUCAGCCCCGCUGUGCCCAGCGCAUGUCGGGCCUCCUCACCGUCCACCUGGUGGGCGUGGAGGAGCUGAUGCGCUCCCAAAGGGGCGACGCCAGCAAGGAGGUGUUCUGCGCCAUCCAGGUGGACGGCGUGACGCGCGCCCGCACGGCACUGCUCACCUGCCGCGGCACAACGCUGCCCCUCAACCACACCUUCAACCUGGAGCUGGAGCGGGCACGCCUCCUCAAGCUGGUGGUGCUCACACCAGUCACGGGCACCGCUGGCACCGGGCAGCCCAGUAAUGGCUCUGUGGCCCCCACACGUAACCGCGUCUGCGGCCUUGGGGCCGUCGCCAUCCCGCCGCUGUUCAGAGGCUCACGCUGUCAGCAGCUAUGUGUGCGUCUGGAGCCGCGGGGGCUGCUGUAUGUGAAGUUGACCCUGCUGGAGCAGUGGGAGGCCCCGGCCCUGCGCCUCAGCGAGCUGCCCCCUCCCAGCGUCUUUGGCGUGGAGCUGCGCCACCUGGUGGACAAGGAGGGCUCUGCGCUCCCGGUGCCCCUGCUCAUCCAGAAGUCCGUGGCCGAGAUCGAGAAGCGCGGCCUGAAGGGAGUGGGCCUGUAUCGCCUGUGUGGUUCGGCCGCGGUCAAGAAGGAGCUGAGGGAUGCGUUUGAGAGGGACAGCACAGCGGUCAGCCUCACCGAGGAGCUGUACCCAGACGUCAAUGUCAUCACUGGCAUCCUGAAGGACUACCUGCGGGAACUGCCGUCGCCACUCAUCACGAGGACCCUGUACGAGGUGGUCCUAGAGGCCAUGUCUUUGAGGCCAGCCUGCCGGACAGACGCGGACUCCCAGCGGUGCCCGAGCACCGUCUCGCUCCUCCACUGUCUGCCCGAGCCCGAGAAGGCCACCCUGACGCUGCUUCUGGACCACUUGAGCCUGGUGGCGUCCUUCUGCGACAGCAACCGCAUGACGUGCCAGAACCUGGCCGUGUGUUUCGGGCCCGUGCUCCUCACGCCCACACAGGAGUCCUGGAUACCCAGUGUGCCGGGAGUGCCCACAGCACCAGCGGCACCUGGACUCAAUCCGGGCCGCGGGGGCCGAAGCUUCGCCCACAGUGAGGACAUCGCCAGUGCUGUGGACUUUAAGCGUCACAUUGAAGUCCUGCAUUACCUGCUACAGCUGUGGCCCAUUCCCACAGACAGAGUGGCAGACUCCCCCACUCCUCCUCCCGUCGCCACAGAGCCCGCACCUCCCUCCCCUCCCCCAUCCCACACCGUAUCCCACAAUGCCCUGCAGCGGCGGGGCCAGCGGCUGCCCCUGCGUCUGGAGAUGCCCCAGGAGGCGGUGGUCUCGCGGCGGGGACGCGGCCGCAUGGAGAGCCCCCCCUGCAACCGCUACGCCGGCGACUGGAGCCUCUGCGGCCGGGACUUCAUGUCCGGCGGCGAGGCGGACUACGACGAGGUGGCGGGCAGCGACAGCGACGAGGAAGACGAGGAGGAGGACGACGACGGCGGAAGGACGCAGCAGCAGGCGACGAAGGAGAGCUGGGCACCGCCCCCCGCCGGCCUGUACGUGGACGACUACACGCUGGACUUCGACGCACCGUUCACCUGCAGGCUGAGCCUGAAAGACUUUGACACGCUCAUCUCAGACCUGGAGAGAGAGCUGGCCAAACAGAUUAACAUCUGUCUCUAGGACAGAGGGAGAGAGAGAGAGAGAGAGAGGCGGAAGGAGUGGAAAAAAGGUGUCAGAUUUAAUGGAAGGAUAUGUUAGCCUCUCAGACGAGGACAAAAAUGAUCAAGGAAUGACGACAAGCAGCCUCAGCUGCUUCAGAGAUGAUGAAAUGUAUUUAAUAAUUCCUGGCAGUCUGUAGAGGCCGACUGCUUUGUAGCAUCGCCUUGUGCCAAAAGCUGGUCAUCGUGUGUGAGCGAUGACAAAACAGAGAAAAAAAACCUAAAGUGUUCAUUUACUUGUAAACAUUCAACAUAUCACUUGACAGACUGCUCAAACUAAACUAAGCUGUUGACAAUUCGCGUUUGGAGAAUUUAUUGACUAAUAUUUGAAGAUAAUCUAGCUCUGUCAUUGUGGUGACUUUGUGGUGAGUAGUUGAGUGAGUGGAAAAGAAAUGAAUGUUUAAUAAUUUUGCCCAAUCUUUGUGCCAAAGUUCCUUAUUUAUUAUUUGUGUUAAAUUAUAGAUUUCAGGCUUUUAGAAUGACAUUGCCCAAAAUGUGUUAACAUCAUGUUGGUCAGAUUUGUUUGGUUACAUUUGAUCUUCAUAAUGUUGCCCAAUGAGUGAAGCCUGUCCGUAACCACAAGCCUUCCCAUGUUCAUCCAAAGAUCUAAAGACGACAAGCACAAGUUUGAAAAAUGGUUACAUAUUCAGAAUACACAAACCUACAGUCACAAGUUCUCACACUUUUGAACAUGGUAGGUUUUGACUUUGAGGAAAAAUGCUCCUACGUGCAUUUCACUGACCAAAGACUCGUGUGUGUGUUGCACUUCCUGUUUUGUAGUUGAAGAGACUGUGUACGUGCUGUGCUCUUGUGCAGCAGGCGUUUUUUGUUGUUUUUGUUUUCUAUCAUCAACAUUAUUUGUUUUGAUAUUUGUUCACGGUACAAUCCUCAGCUAACUGUGAUUUAUUGAAGCCACAGAAGGAAUGACAUGGCCAUAUUUUAGAGCAUUGCUCCACAUGCAAUAAUGACACCAUAUUUUUUGACAUUUUGUAUUCUAUUUUGUUUAGUUAUAUAAACAAUAUUAUUUUGUAUUGCACAUUUACAGCAAGCACUUAUAUUGUAUGCCAUAUAACCCAGUGUUCAAGUACACCAUUCUUGUUAUGAAUUUGUACUGUAACAUACCAUUCAGUGUUAUCAACCGAAAGAAGGAAACAAUAAAGCACAGUAUUAUAUUUCCAAA